AUGGCACAUGUAACGUAUAAUAUUUCAAACCUGUUACCUCUGGAUCUAAAACAUUGUAAUGGCGAAGAUAAGAUGUAUACCUGGUUACAAACGCGACUCGAGGACUUAGUCUCUGAUAACAAGAGCCGGCUUGCUAUUCAAGUGUUGCAUAAGCGACUCAAACGAGAUUUAAUUGCAGACAUAACCGGACUGUUUGGGUCAGGGUAUUCCAUCAUAAACAGUUAUAGAAUAGCAAGACAAUCCCAGUAUACAACCUGGGUGGCUAAUCAAGUAGCCACCGGCUUCAAACACCUCUCGAAUAGCAAUGAGAACCUCAUCAAAGCAGUAAAAUCAGAAGCUCAAACCCUUCGAACAAUUAGCGCAGCCCUCUUUAACCAGACACAAUUCCACGAGCGUGAUGUAGCCUGUCGCACAUAUGCGCAAGAUUUGUUUACAGCAAGGCAGGAAAUAUUGGACCUACGUCUUAAAAAAAAAACUCCAAGGCAUGCUCUUAAUGACCUGAUUGGCAAACUUGAAUUAGAGAAAUGGUUGAAAUCAUAUAUAAGAGGAACUCUGAAAUAUUCUGAAUUACUAACCUUUUUAAUGAUGCAUACUGGUACUAAAUGUAUGGCGCUAAAGAAAAUUGCUUCCGUAAUGGACUCUCCAGAUGUCAGACGUGGAGAUGCAGCUGCCUUUGAGAGGUUUGUGCUCCAGGUCCAGUCACUGGUGGGAAUGCUGAAGACUUUAGGCCCAGAGGGAGAGGCUGAGCUGCAGUGUCGCUCACAGGUGGCCCGCCUUCUCAGCAAAUUACCACCUGAGCAGAGAGCAGAGUUCCGGCGUUGUGUAUUCAGGCGUUCUGGAACAGACUACACCUUGACUGACCUUUCAGAUUGGCUGAAGUAUGAGUCCUGGUGUCAAGAUGUUGAUGGACAGCUACCUUCCAAGGGGACCAAAGAUAGACCUGUGUUCAAGGGUGACAGACAAUCAAACAAGCGGCUUGCCACAGUCCUCCAUGGGGCUAAAGACAGCCUUGGCUGGACACUCCAAGGCCCUGCAAAGCUGGUCCGUCAGCUCAUCCAGCCACAACAGUGUCUCAUGACCUCCGUGGCCCCCCAAGUGAAUGAGCUGAUGAAUCACAUAGAGAGAUUAUGGCAGCUGGACACCAUUCCAUUUAGGAGUGAAAAGUUAGUGACCCGCUCCAAGCAGGAUCUUGAAGCCAUCAGCAUCCUUAAAUCCAAGACUACCCGUGUAGAACUGAACGGUAUACUUCGAUACGCAACCCCACUGCUCCGGCGGAAGAACAUGCCCCGCCUCCAAGCACCCAUGGAAGCUGUUAUGCCAAGCCUGGGAAGCAUAGAGAGGAGACUCAGUAGGGACCCUGAGAAAGCCACUGCCUACAAGGAAGAGAUGGAGAAGCUCAUAAAGGCAGGGAGAUUCAUCGCCCGGAGAGGAACACCAGCUGAGCUGUUUUCUGAUCAGGGAACAAACUUCCGAGGAGGGGAGAGGGAACUUCGUGAGGCCUUUGUGGCAUUAUCUUCUGACUUACAGCAACACCUGGCAAAGCAGAAAAUCCUCUUCCACUUUAACCCUCCAGCCGCUCCACAUUUCGGAGGGGUAUGGGAGCGGGAGAUCCGGUCCAUUAAGGCGGCUCUGAUUACUACAGUUGGGGCUCAGCCUGUCCCAGAAGAAGUCCUUCGGACAGCGCUCAUAGAGGUCGAAGCGAUCCUUAACUCGAAGCCCCUUGGUUAUGUUCCAUCAGAUGUGAACGAUCUGGACCCAAAAUCAGACCCAGCAACUUGGGAUAGUGAUCGUAACAGCAGUCUCCACUUCAGUUGUACAGGAUUCUUUGUAACCUUUUCUUUAAGUAAUCCAGGCCAGGUAUGGCCUAAUUCGACUACCAUACGAUCCCUGGGAACCAUAGUAAAAGACCAGGUAAUUAAGUGGGACCAUCGUAUGGGAUGCAUGACUCUGAAAGGGACUGAAACCUUAGUUAAUACUCGUGCCUGUUGCCACGAGACCACGCAUAUCAUAUCAUUUGCACCUGCAACACUUCAGCCCUUUUCACAUAACGACACAAAACUCAUCAACAUACACUCACUACAUGGACACGCAGAAGCAGUUCAAGUCUCACAUACACAAUGGUGUGUUGUCAGUGAAAUGGACUCAUUCAUCUAUGAAGGCCUUACCUGCCCUGCAAAUCACACUUUCUGCCUGGAGGUAACCGAUGACUUCACCAUGGGUCACAUCAACAUUCUGGGGAGAGUACCAUUAGAUGUUGAUGUCUCCCCAUGGUGGGACGACACCUUUUAUGAUGAAGACACGCGAACCAUGACCGAAACCAUGGAUUUAGUUCAACAGGUCAUUCUACAGAUUGACUACCACCUCCAUCAGGCGCACAACAACAACAGGUUAACAAAGAAAACUGUACAUAUCCUGACCAGCGCAUCCACACAUUCAGCGCAGUAUAUCUGCUUAUGGUGGGACUGGAUGUUUCGGAUAUGCGUUAUCGCCAGUGGCUUUAUCUUCAUCAUCACCAGACUCCAAUUCUGCUACCUCCGACAUCACAUCAAGAUUCUCAAAACAUCUACCAAAAACGCCUUCAUCCCUAGCCCUCUCCAGGUACAACCCGUACAGAGGUUGGAGACUUCUGGGACCUAG